AUGACCCUUCCAUUGACCCUCUCGAUGUCCCCGCAGUGCUCCAAGUGCCGCGACUCCUUCCAGGGCCACCCCGUUGGUGGCCAGCAGUGCUACCGGCUGCUGGCCGUGGAGCAGGAGUACUGCCUGGACCCCUGGUCGCAGAGCCACUGCUUCCCCCCGCCCCAGCGGCGCCCGCUGCCCGCCGGCCGCGCCGUCCUCUUCGCCGUCCAGCCCAAGUUCACCAACGUGGACAUCCGGGUGACGCUGGACGUCACCUUCGGCGCCGUCGACCUCUACGUGGCCACCGCCUACGACACCUUCGCCGUCGACACCGAGCCCGGCACCGGGCGGCACCUCGUCAGGGUGCAGGGGGUGGGAGGUGGGACUGGGGGUGCUGGGGGGACUGGUGGUGGGACCUUUGGGGCCUCUGGGACCAGUUCUGGAACUGGUGGAACUGGUGGUGGCACCUUUGGGACUGGAGGAACCAGUGGUGGGACCUUUGGGACUGGUGGGACUGGAGGAACUGGUUCUGGUGGUGGUGGGACCUUUGGGACCAGUUCCA